AUGGGUCCAAAAGUGGCUGAAUUUUUUGUGGGAGCAUUGGUUCUUUUAACUCCAUUGCUAUCUGUAACUGAUGGUCGAGAUAUUGGUGUUUGUUAUGGUCUAAAUGGAACUAAUCUUCCAUCUCCAAAUGAUGUAAUUAAUCUUUACAAAACAUGUCAAAUUGAUAAUAUCAAGAUAUAUGAGCCUUUCCCUCAAGUGCUUGAAGCAUUAAGGGAAUCAGGAAUAUCUGUGGCGAUUGGGCCGAGAAACGAGGACAUAGACAGCUUGGCGGUGAGCCAAGAUGCAGCCAAUGCAUGGGUUAACACUAACAUCAUCUACAAGAACGAUGUUUUAUUCAAAUGGAUCACCAUAAAAGAAUUAUUCAUGGAAACUUCGUUCAUGGAUUAUCAUUUCCAUCAAAUCCAACAAUUUUCUUCCUUCGGAUUGUAUCAGGUUAAAAUUUAA